AUGUCGGGCGACGCCGACUCUACAUGGUCGGAUUCUCACGCCACGGAUUCAGAUGACAACCGCCUCGCCUCAGAUGUGCUCUCGAGGCCUGUCCCAUGGAUCCGGGCAGACUCCAGCUCCAGCAGUCGCUCGACUCUCGUUUCUGAUAUCCAGCUAUCGGAGGGCCAAAUCUCACCCAUCCGCAUCGGCGUCGACAUACCCGGCGCCCUUACGGACGUUGACCAUUAUCCGCUCACCGCGUCUACGAGCCUGUCGUCGGCACCGACUUUGGAGAACGCCACCUCGUUGUCCUCUCCAACGCUCGAAAAUUCGACGUCGCCAUCGUCGAACUCUGAGCCUCGAGAUCUCUUCGCCGAUGGCCAUGACCAUUCCCUUGCUGGCGGCGAUCCACACGACAACUUCAUCGACGACGACGCACAUUACGAAGAUGCCGUGCAUGAUCACCUAGACGCUGCCCACGAUAUGCAGUGGGAGGCGGACAUUGGUGACGAUCUUAUUAUCCCGAAACUAGAGCCGGUGGAGGAGGACAACUUCUGCCUCGACGACAUUGACCAGGCACCGCCUAAUCCCGAGCCCAUUGGCACCACGGUUUCCACUGCGAGCACAAAGGUCAAGCGCCCUAGAGGUCGCCCUCGGAAACUCAACAUCGUACCGACGGCGUCCGCCAACUCCGGAAAAAUCGCAAAGGGCCGAUCGAAGACGGGCUGCAUCACUUGUAGAAAGCGCAAGAAGAAGUGCGAUGAAGCGAAGCCAAGAUGCUUGAACUGUGAAAAAAAUGCUGUCGUAUGCGAAGGCUAUCCAGAAAAGCAAAUCUGGAAGAGUGGCAAGGAAAAGGCUGAAGAAGAGCUUCUGAAAAACCAGAGCCUUCCCGUCAUCACCAUGCAGCCCAUCUUCACCGGCUUAGAGACAGCGGAAGAUCGCGUUUUCUGGAGACACUACAAUGACCAUCUCAGUGCUGUCUUUACGGUCGAAGGUGAACACAACAAUGCCUUCCGGGAUAUGCUGGUGCCUGUUGCAACUCGACACAAAGGCAUGAUGCACUCCAUUCUGUCGCUUGCAAGUCGACAUCUGGAUUAUGACACGCCGUAUGGAGAGAAGAUCCUCCGCCGCAACGCCAAACUGUCCAUUGAUUCUCUACGUCAUCGCGGCGAAUUCCACAACAACGCUGCCGUCAAAACGCUUCGUGAGGGUAUGUGGAAUGACGAAAUGGACGAUCCUGACAUGAACGAUGUCUUGGCCGUUCGCUAUGGACAGAUGCUCUGUCUUAUUCUCGAACCCCUAUCCGAAGGAGACAAUAGUGGAACCCAACGCCUUCAUUACGAGGCGUUCCUCUACCUCAUUCGGAACAACCCACCUCAAGAUGAUGCUUUCCACGCCUUCAUCGCUGAGAUCUUUUACUACCAUAUCUUUGCCGAUGAUUUGGUGUACUACCCAAACCCGCCAGCUAAACGUCUCGUGACGGAGGACUGGGCCCCGGUCGCACCGAUUCAGCGCCCCCGGUUGAUCGGGGUGUCUGACGGGUUGUUCACGUACCUAUCUCAGAUUACGACGAUUCGCAACCGGAUCCGGGCUAGAAUCGAAUGCAACGCCGACCCUCGGGUAGACUACGAAAGCCUAUACAGGGCCUCCGACAUUGAGGACCAGAUCCUCGAAUGGAAGCCAGAGUGGCCAGUGGGCGAUAGCCGGGAACGAGUUACUCUUCUUUACAAACAGAUGGCCUGGCUAUACCUGAAGACAACAAUUUGCCCGCCGACAUCGGCAUUCCCAUCUAUGUCAAUGGCGAGGUCGUUCAACGCUCGACCAGGCGGUACAAUCACCGAGACGCCUCCUCAUUCUGCAGCUGCGAGCUGUGCAUCCUCCCCCUCGCCCAGACUGGAGGCCAUGGUUCCCCAGGAGAAUCAUUUCAACAAUCCGCGCCGCCAUUCCAUCGCCAACCCGAGCAGAUCGGGUGGAAGCCGUCCUUUCUUGAACGCUACGAACGAAUUGUUUGGCCAGAAGUCCAUGGGUGACAAUGGCGUUCGGGCAUCGCCACCGCCAAUCCGACGCCCAUCAAAUCACGAGCCUGGUGUCAGUAUCGCUGUUGAGGAGUCGCUGACCCUUCUGGAGAGUUUUCAGCCAAGCGAUCCAGCACAGGCACUCCUACUGAUCCCGUGUGUCAUCAUCGGCACUGCCUGCUAUUCUCCUGAAGAACAGGAACGAGUCCGCAAUGCCAUCCGUGUUACACACGGAUACACGGGGCUGCGCAAUACGUACAAAGCUCAGGAAGUUCUCAACGUAGUGUGGCGAUUCAUCGAACUUGGUGACUUCUUGAGCGCAUGGGACUGGCAGGCCGUUGCAAACAGUCUCGGUAUCCAGCACCUGUUCUAA